AUGAACAACUUGGAAUUCCCGAAUAAGCACGUUCUUCCAACGGGCUACAAUAUAACAGUCGUUUGUACAAGCAAUCAUCCAGCUCAAUCGAAUCAUAAAUAUUACUUACCCUACUGGAUGCAGUAUUUUUUCAACGAUGUCUACAAGAGAGAAUUUAGUUGUGGUGGUGGCAAUAAUGACUCACAUUACGAACGUUCAAAAGUGUGCAAAUACUUUAUUCAAAACGCCACCGAGGAUAACUCUGGGAAUUAUACCUGCAUCUCAAGAAAUAGUUAUGGCUGCACAAUGAAAACGAUGGCGUUGAUGUUUAAAGGUAACAUUUCGUAUUAUUUGUUUCUUGUUAUACAUUAUAACAAAAUAAUGAAGUAGUUCACAUUUAGUUUGGUAUCUACAUGACAUUUCAUGUCGGGUAAAACUUAUAUUGUAUAAUUUUCACCAAAAAACCACGAAAAUGCAUCAAUUUGAAUUGACGGGUAAAUUGAAAACCGCUGAUAACAAUUUCAUAUCAUAUCGGUCUUGAAGGAAAGCGUGUAAUUCGAUUUGUUUUCUUUAAUUUUAAAUUUUUGAAUUUUGUUUUUCUUGUUUAAUCAUAGAGCCAUCACCUCCGCUGUUUACUCAUCACCGGCCUCGUGAAGUCGUCUUUCUAAAAUCGAGUAAAGCCAAACUCAGCUGUAAUGCAUCAGGUGUUCCCCUUCCCUCCAUCACCUGGUUCAAAGACGGUAAUAGCCUUUCCAGUUCUUCUGUGAUAGGGUCAAAAAGUUAUUCAGUAUUGAAUUUUGAAUCUGUACACCCUCAUGACCAAGGACAGUAUUGGUGCGAGGCAAACAGCACAGAGGGGCAGAGCAGAUCAGCUCCUGUAAAUCUGACAGGUAUUGAAACAUUUCACUUUUUUGAAAGACCAUAAUAAUGUUCAAAUAAUGAGAUGUUUUUAAAGAUAAUGAUCAUAUCCUGUAUGCAGGACAUAACUACACGUGUACUUAUGAAUAUAAUUUUGCGUUUGCUGACUUUCUUCAUAUCUUUGUAAAGUGGGACAAUUACAACAUGGAGUCCCUGAUGGAUUCUGUGGACCGUCGAAUGCUUGGGAAAAGUUUUCCAGUAGGUUACGGUGGUUCUUAAAACCAUUAUAUAGUGGUAAUGCUUCUGAAAGACCACAUGUAACGGUUGCCGAGAGUGUGUAUGUUAAAAUCUCGAGCUUAAGGGACUGUUCAUAAGCUAUUGCCUAAAGGGGAGGGGGAGAAUUUUAGUUGUGUCGCAAUAAAAUUUACCUUACCUUACAGGGGACAUCAAAAUGUGGUAAGAACAUCAGUGACACACUCGGCUGCGCUUCGUGUGCCACUUUUUUGUUCUUACCACAUUUUGGCGUCAUCCGUGAUCUAUCACUGAACAGACGCACGGCAACUUGGAAUCUAUUUGUUAAAUUGAUAGUAGUUCUCGGCCAACGAGCGCACAAGAAUUUCUAAAGUUAUGGUAAAAAUAUUCUUAUGUUCCUCCCUCCUCCUCAUUGGCAGGUGGCUCGAAGUGAAUUCUCUAUAGUCACCCCUCUCAAACUCUUUUGGUGGCAACUGAUCCCCCUUCGUGUCAACUAAAAAAAUGUGAUCCCCGGGUGUCUGGACUAUUCAGUACAAUGUUUGUGUAACCGUUGUUGUUACUUUUAGUGGUGUGGAGGCCAGUGUUCUCCAUUCAUCCCCAAGACACAACUGUGUAUCUUGACGAUGAUGCCACCACUGUGACUGUUAAUGUCUCGUGUGCAGCAAAUGGCUCCCCUCUUCCAGUGAUCAGUUGGUUAAAAAACAACUCCAAAGUUGAUGAUGAUGCAGUGAUUCGAAGUCAAAACAUCUCCAUCCUCACUGUUGAAAUCAAGGAGGGGACGGAAAAGCACUUUAGAUAUCGUUGCGUUGCUAAAAACUCGUUGGGAAACAUAUCUUCCCAGGAAGCCUCACUGAUGAUCGCAAAACGCGAUGAGGAACGUCCACCUAUGAAGCGUAAGCUUACAGCUCUGAUUCACAAAUAAGAUAUCGGACAAUAGCGGAAAGUUACGAAAAGAUCAAAUUUCCUUUGUUUUAGGUACAAAGAAUGUUUUCCAAAACUUCUUGGAAAGCUUAGGUUGGAAUAUCGGCUUGAAUUAAGUUAGAGUACUUUUUUUUGCAAAAACCGUGACGCUAAUUAAGCGACAUGGAUAUACCAAAAUCAAUGCGAUCUAAAACCUAGAGUUUGGAUUUUAUUUAUUGAUAGGAGACAUCUUGAACAUCCUUGUUUUCAGUUUUUUCAUCCAAGGGCUACUUCAGUGACUAUGGGCAUUUUUUUUGGAAAGAAAAAUUACCACCCGUUUUAAUUAAUUAACUUUACUUGUGCUUUAUAUCUAGCAUAGUAUUUUUUAUACAAUUGAACAAUUUUUGCUAAAUCUCACAAUUUUAGCUGAUAACGGAACAGUCACCAAAGAAAAUUGGUCCGGAAUGAUUUGGUCCACCGCGAUAACCGGGGCUUCAGUUCUUAUUUUCAUCAUAAUUCUGUUCGUUAUCAAGAGGAGAAUGGAAAAGAGAUCAAUCUACCUACUAGACCAGAAAGUAGGUACUUAAAUGGCUAAAUCAUCGCUUUUUCCUGUUUUCCCAAUAAUUAUCCCGAGACUACACAGGUUUUUCCUCACUAAGAGCUGGUCCUGCCAUUGAUUCGCACCAACAGAGAUGGGCACGAUAAAAAAAUCCGCCCUUUGGUGUACACAUUAAGGUCUCUUAAAAGCAUACUGGUGUGAUAUAAUCUGUGUCAUUUGUCAAAUUUAGGUUUUUAGAAGGACACAAGAGGCUUUUGAGAUAAAAAUCACGAGCACAAACGAUACGAUAAAUCAGUUACGAAACAGCCAGUCUGCAUUAACCGAUGAUGGUCAACACACGGAUCCAUCUACUUUUGACGAAAACGAAGUCGUUGGAAACGAAAGUUAUUUGCAAUUAAUGGCAGUUGACAGAAACUGGGAGAUCCCCCGGGAUAGAUUGACUAUUUCAGAGGAGAAACUUGGCAAAGGAGAGUUUGGAGAGGUUAAGAAAGGAGUUUACCUAAGAACUGAUGGAAAUGAACUUCCAGUGGCGGUGAAAAUUCUUAAAGGUUGAAAAAUUAAUCCAUGUAUUUGAGAUUGAAAUGAUCGAAGAUAUAUCUUUCAGAGGGUGUUUACGGAAGAUAAAUCUCACCUGUCCUCAAAUUUCCAGCCUAGGAUUAGUAUUAUCGUUAAGCAUGAUAGCCUCUACGAGUAAUAAUAAUAAUUAAAUAAUUUAUGAACUUACAAAGCGCAUGCUACAUGAAAUUAAAGUAAUUUACAGUAAAGGUCGGAAAAUGAAGCGCAGCAGACAUGUUGACAACAAUCAACCUUAAAUUGUGUUAAUAAUGUUAGUGAUGACAAAGGACAUGAUAUCAAACUGGACAGCAAAUGACAGAAUUGAAACCUUAAAAAUUGGGGACAUUUUUCAAGAUUUGUGUUUUGCGGCGUGCCAACUUAAACUUAACGUCCAAGCCCUAAGUGAUAAGAACGUCAUACAUACCUUUUGGUGGAAAAAAACUCUUAGAGCAGAAUGGAACCAAGUAUUUGGCCACUAUAUCAUAAAGUUAGUUUUCAUACCACGUCUUCUUUGACAGAUGACAAAGACAGACAGCAGCGAAUGGCGCUAAUCAAAGAACUGGAGACACUCAUCCAAGUUGGUCGCCAUCCGAAUAUUGUCAGUUUGGUCGGAGCUUGCACCUUUGAAGGUAAGGAAUCGGCGAUUCAAAAAGUUACGGCGAACGUUGGAGGGCAAGUUGUGUCAAUGAAAGUUUGUGUAGCGGAGAUGGAAAUAAGAUUUAACAAAAAACAAUUGUACUGUGGGUGCAGAGCCUUCGUCUUAUUUCGAUGAUUUAGGGAAAGUCUUCAUCUCUAGCCCAGAGGUUUUAAAAAGUAUGCAGUAAAAUGAAUUUCGAUAAACCGAUUACAAAUUCACUGAAUCCAAAUUAAGCUUAAUUAAUUCGUUUUUGAUUCACCGGCACACAUACCUUUAAAUGAAAGAUAUUUUCAAGAGACUAGUUUUUCCAUGGUAACCAUGUAUGUAAAAAAAUGAUGUCUCGAUUUAUUGAUUGAUUUGUGUUCAUUGAUAAAGGGAUCAUUUUGGGCCAUCACAACAAAUCCAAUGAAGUUUUCUGGAGUCAGCAGUGCAGUGUGAUGUUUCAGAAGCACUGUAAGUUUUCAACGUUUCUUUUUUCACCUCUAGAGCCUCUUUGCAUCGUCAUUGAAUUUGUCUCUGGUGGAAGUCUUGAUAAAUUACUUCGAAGCAGUCGCGUCCAUAAUCAACAAGUUGAUCCAACUUAUGUUAACAUAUGGUCAAGGCUGACAGAGAGAGAAUUAUUGGGGAUUGCUUCAAACGUCGCUAGCGGCAUGAGCCACUUGGAAAGUAAACAGGUUUGUUCAUGGAUUCAUGAGUGAGGCGCAUUUUCUUGCUGGAUAUACUUUUGGUAGCAGUUUUAUUAGAUAUCUUGUCGGGAAAUGCAAACUUAAUAGUUGCGGACUGCAAGCGGCGAAAUGCAGAUGGUACGUACAUAGAGUGGUGCGAAGAUAAAAAAAAUCCCAAGAGAAAUGCGAGCGAAAGAGAAACUCGGAGGUUAAAAAAGGCAUAAACGGAACAUUACAAGCCAAAAAAUGUAAUCAAAGUAAUGCUAAAUCCAACUAAGUUAACAGAAAUAACAGAAAAAAAUGGUUUCGCACAAUUGACGGAUAAGAAUUGAGGAGAAACGAUUCCUGAUGAUGGUUAUAGAGAUAAUGACACUUACAUAGGUCCGCAUGGCAUGACUAGAUAAGUAGUACUUAAUUUCGUUUAUCUGUGAUUCAGUGCAUUCAUCGCGACUUGGCGUGCAGAAAUGUUCUUGUUGGAAAAGGGUUGGUAGCCAAGGUGGCUGAUUUUGGAAUGGCACGUGACGUAUCCACAGAUGGGCAGUACAUCAAGACAACAGAGGUAUAUAUUUUACUUAUUGCUCAGAACGAUCUUAAUGACUAGAACUCCGACAGCUGAGUGGAACUCUACAGAAUUUUAAACUCAUGCAUUAACUCACUUUGGGUGGAGAGCUGGUUUGCCAGCAUAACUCACAAUCCUUAACAAAAUAUCUAUUGGUUCCCACCUUUUCACAACAGUCAUAAUAUAACCGACGAACCACACUGAGAGACUUCACUUUAUUGAUGAAUCUUCUCUGAACAGUCAAAAGGAAAGUCAAGUGAUUACGGUGCUACAACGUUCGAUAUCACCAUUACGGCGAAACUGAGAUGGGACUCGGUUCUCUCAAAGCAGACUUGCCACAAUACGAUUACAAUGAAUUUUUCUGAGGGUUGCCAAACCGCCAGUCUGUGCUCUCGACAACACUUAUCGCGAUCAAUAAAAUUGUAUGCCAUAAACAAUUUCUUCCGAGAAGUAAGCAUUUGUGAACUAACUUACGAAACUUUAUCUUAGGGACGAGUUCCAUGGUUAUGGAUGUCUAUGGAGGCGUUAAGGGGAACUUGUACAAUAAAGGCAGACGUGUAAGUUAUCGGUAUUUCCAAGCUGAAAUUGGAUUACGAUAGACUUAAAAUUUCCGAGCUUUACUAUUAUAUUAUAUUCCUUUCUAGGUGGUCAUUUGGAGUAACCCUUUGGGAGAUAGUUACUCUUGGUAAGUAAAAGCCCUAUUGAUAAAAUUAUGUUUAAAAUUAAAUUAUUGAUAUCGUAACCAGGAAGAAAAAAAACUAGACACUCUCCGCUCUCCCUCAAUCCCAAUUUUCUAAAAUAGUUUAGCCUGCGAGCAGGCCGUCAUUAUUUGCGCGGCAGGACGCGCCUUUCUCCUCCCGCGAGAAUACUUGAUACGAGUUAGGGAGAGGUUUACCGGGGGUACGGCAUUAGUGCAAGACAGUUUGUAGACCUCUCGCCGAUUUAUGUUUCUCAAGGUCUCUAACUUUCCCAAGGGCGAGGAAACGCACGUGCUUAAGUUCUGAUGACAAAGGCUUGCCUUUAGGCUAAAAUAGGUAUGGGAUUGGGACCCUAGUUUAAUGCCAUCGAUCAGUGAUGCAAGUGGCAGAAAAUGAUGUGGAAAAAUCGAAAUAGAAUUAUCAAGAUUCUGUGAUAAAAUUUUCAAGCAUCCAAGGUACAUCAAAAAGGAUUUUAUUACCCAGUAGUUUUACUUAAGGUUGGCCAUGACGUUUCCAAGCACGAGAGGAUCUUCUUCUGAUUGUAGCUAACGUUUUAAUUGCAUAUAGAUCCUUAGUUGAAGGGUACUAACUUAUACUGAUAGACCUUUUUCAUCUGAUGAGAUGGAGGGUAUUACCAUCCAACUGCAUUUGAUCCUUCUAUUUCUAGGGGAACUACCGUACACGGGUAUCAAAGGCAUUUUAGAGCUUUACGAAUUGCUGGAGGAUGGAACAAGAUUACCAAAACCACUGUAUUGUUCGGAUGAGCUGUAA